ACUUGUCUUAAAUAAAACACAAGAGAUCAUAUGAUUUGAUUUUGUUCUCAUAACAAGCCUGACGUUCGAGUCAUACAGUUGUACCUGGAAUUGAUUGAAUAUUGAAUUCAAAAUGGUAAAAACCGUGAUUCUAUCUUCAAUGCUACUAAGUGUAGCAUUUGCAGCCGUUGUUGAAAGGAGUGUUGAAACUUCAACCCCAGCUGUAGUCAACCCAUGCAAAUGCGGUGUCAUGACUUCCUCAAAACCGGAUUCUGUACCUGUUUUGGAGCACGAAGUCAAACUAAAAGAGCUUAGCAUUACUUGCGACAACGAGGGAAAAGCGAAAUGUGAAAGGAUGUGCAAAGUAUUGGCUGAAGCUGCAAAAGUGGAUAAGAACAAGGGUAACAAGUUCUGUGAAGCUGUUAAAAAAGAUAUAACCCUUACACCUUCUCUGUUUACGUCUGUCUGCAAUGAGAAAUACAGCUAUGCAGGAGUAACAUUUGACAAACCAGUUUGCUGCAAGAAAGGUGUGCUCGUCCCCUGUGAACCUGCUGCAUAAACUUCUUUGUUGCAAAAUGCAAUUUGUUCGUAAGAAAAUUUUUUUUUGUUUUCCAUUUGAGCCAUGUGGCCGAGUUCAAUAAACUUUUCUCACUUAACAGUA